AUGCAAAGUCUAGCAAAACAUCUUUUUAGGUCUCAGUACCAUUCAACUUCUCUCUUAUUAAGAGGUGGAUCUUCUUUUGGGUUACAUGGUGCUCUUUUCAGUAAUCAUCGUUUCUGUGCUACAACAACAACAAUGGAACGACUAGUAAUUAAUGCCUCUAACUGGAAUGACAGUAAUUAUUACCAUCGUCUUGGUUUUCACGAGGAGGUCCGAGAUAUUCACAGGAUUAAAGAACACUACCGAAUUUUGGCUAAACACUUUCACCCUGAUAACCCAAACGCUCCUAAAGAUGCAACUGUUGCCUUUCAAAAUAUAAAAGAAGCUUAUGAACAUAUUUUAGCUAACGCUAAAGAAAAAACAGAAGGUAAUACUAAUACAGAAUUUUCUGCAGGAUUUCGUUUCUCCGAUCAGGAGAGACGAAAACAGCAAAUGCGUUUCUUAGGUGAUGGUGUCCCUCUUUUUAUGGUGAUGACCAUUAUAUUUAUCUUUAUUGUAUCUCGGCAUAAUAAAGAACGCUUGCAGGCUCGUUAUUUAUGGCACUUGGUACUUAUUUUUUUCACUAUUCAAUUAUUUCCAAGGCUUUUGGCAGCGGCUAUUCUUUUCGCAUGCCAUACAAAUUAUCUGGUGAAAUUGGAAGAAUUCAAAGAGCAGGCAGCCACCUCUGUGGUGGUGGAAAAGGGAAAAAAUCAUCUCUUAAUAACAUUGGAAGGAAUAGCUGAAGAAUUAAAAGAUAAUAUUAUAGUACAGGUAACAACAACAGUUCCGGUAAAACAACAAUCCCAAGGUGUUCCUAUUGCAGUAAGAAAAGAAACCAAUAAUGAUUCAAUAGGAGAAGCAUCUGUGUCCACUACACUCACCUUUGACGCUGGUGUAUUCACCGUGUCUGUUCCUUCCCCAUCGGAGGGAAAAGCAGAAUACCGUAUUAAGGCGGUAGAUGAAAAGAGGGGAUUUGUGGUAGCUGACCACACUUUGCAGAUUUAA